UCUUUCUCUUUAUUCUCUAUCAAAAUCCCAACAAUCCAAAACACCAAAAGUCAAAGAAAUACGCCAGGAAACACAUGGCAAGCAAAGGUUGGAUUUGAGGCAAAAGAAAUAUCCACUUGGGUGUUGACUGGUGCAUCCUUGUGCCAAAAAACAGACACAAAAGGAAUAGCUUCACAUGGGUUUUUAGCCUUGGUUUUUCCUUGACUCCUGAAGACUUUCAACUCUUUCUUGGGCCUAUAAAUAGCUUAGACAGAUUGCCAACAAACGAUAUCUCCUCAAAUCAACAUUCUUCACGUGCUCUCUCUUUCUGUAGCUUUCUCGUUCUGUUUUGCUUUGCUAUCCAUUGCUGCUCUAUCUGCCUUCUUUAGUCUAUCUGUUUGUUUUUUUAUCCACUGCAAGCAUCCUUUUUGUUUGGUUUUUUUUAGGGUCGUUUCUGUUAAGAUCUAUCAAAGUAGUUUUGUUCGUUGGUUGACAAAGAAAGCUUUUAAGAAAAACAAAACAAAAAAAAAAGUUUUACUUUUUCUGGUAUGGAAAACAAAAGGCAAGUGAGUGGUUCUUCUUCUUCUUCUUCUUCAUCAUCAUCAUCAUCUGUUUCUUUGGAUCAUCUCUUUGGUCCCAAGGACUCUUCUUCUUCUUCUUCAUCCACAAGUGGGAUUUUUGACACCAUUUUCCCUCCUCCAUCAACGGUGCUAGGGAGGGACUCCAGUCACUCUGGAAUGAUGGGGUCAUGGAAUAAUCAGGGUUUGCCCCAUCAUGGCAAAUAUGGAAAUCCAGAUCACACCACUGAUAGCAAGGGACAAAGCAGUGGCACAACUAACAAAGACACGAGUUCGUCCGUUUAUCAUAGUGAAACAGUGGAACCUUGCAAUCUCAGCUCAUCUAUCUACUAUGGAGGCCAAGAAAAUUAUUCUCCAAGGAAGAAGACCACUGAGUCUCCCCAUUAUUUCAAGAAGGAUGGGGGAGAUGAUGAUCCCAACGGAAACAAUUCUGGUGGUGCUUCAAGAGGGAAUUGGUGGCAAGGCUCACUUUAUUACUAACAUCUUAAUCCAAAAUAAUGCAAACUUUCCAUCCCAAUACUGUAAGGAACACUAGCAGCAUAAUUAAUCGUAGUAUUACUAUGGAAAUAAGCUGGUAGAUAGCUAGCAAUACAGUAGAAGCAUAUAGAGCAUAACACAGCUUAGGACUUUGAGGAAGAAUGUUGACCCUGUAAGCUGUUAUAUUUAGGGCAGACAGCUCGGAGCACGCUGGAAUCAUGUAUUAUACGUUUAUCUACUUUUCUUUUGCCUGACUAAUCUAAUCUUCUUGUUCUGAACUAUGCUCUGUGGGAUUUUUCCCACAAGAAAAUGGAUUACUAUAACUAUAUAUUGACAUAUAUAGUAUACCCUUCUCUCAUCUUGAUUUCACUUUCAAGAUUGGAUGCAUUUUAGCAUCUUAUAUACAAUGAAUGAUCACAAAGAGAAGUUAUAUGUUGCCAACAGUCAUGUGAUC